CGAGUUGGGCCGAAGGACCUCUUUCCACGCUGUGUCACUCGAUGACUAUUAUGACCAAGUGCUGGAGCAACUCAGCGGGUCAGGCAGCAUCUGUGGAGAGAAGGAAUGGGUGGCGUUUUGGGUCGACACCCUUCUUUGGUUUAGUUUAGUUUAGAGAUGCAUCGCGGAAACAACAGGUUUUUCGGCCCACGGAGUCCGCGCUGACCAGCGAUCACCCCGUACACCAGCACUAACCCACGCACAUUAGGGACAAUUUAGCUAUUUUGCGGAGGCCGAUUAAUCUACAACCCUUAACGUCUUUGAAAUGUUGGAGGAAACUGGAACACCCGUAGUAAAAAUCCACGCAGGGCAAGGGGAGAACGUACAAACUCCGCACAGACAGCUCCCGUAGUCAGGAUCAGUCGCUGGUCUCUGGCGGUGAGGCAGCAGCUGUACCAGUGCGACAGUGUGCCGCGCUGAAUUAUAUAACGGUUUCCUCCGCCAUAAACACACUCAAUAUGUGCUCGUAAUGUCCUGUUUGCCAGCUUGUUGACCCUCUGUGUUCCCCUCCUGCAGGGUUUAGGAGCCGUUGAUGUGGACGGAGAGACAGGGACGUGAGCGGCCAUUGAGGGUGCCGGUGAGCCCCCCAUCUGCUCGGUGUGCGGGCUGAGCUUCGAGGGGCUGAGCUUCGGUGGAGGACCACAUGACGGGGCACAACAUGGAGAAGCGAAACAUGGGAGUACACCCCUUCGUCUGCUCGGAGUGCAAAAAGAGUUUCAAGACGGCCAUUGUCCUGGAGGCACACCGACGGAUUCACACGGGCAAGAGGCCCCAUGGCUGCUCCACAUACGGCAAGAGCUUUACCCAGUUGUCGCGGUUGCGGGAGCACCAGUACGUACACAGCAGUGAGCGGCCCUUCACCUGCUCCGACUGCGGCAAAGGCUUCAAGUCGCCCAAGGACCUGAAGGUGCACCGGCGCCUGCACACUGCGGAGCGCCCUUACAUCUGCAGCGACUGCGGCAAGGGCUACACCCAGUCCAGCAGCCUGCUGAAGCACCAGCGCACGCACACUGGCGAGCGCCCCUACACCUGUACCCAGUGCGGCAAGGGCUUCACCCAGUCCAGCAACCUGCUGAAGCACCAGCGCACCCACACCGGCGAGCGCCCCUACACCUGUGCCCAGUGCGGCAAGGGCUUCACCCAGUCCAGCAGCCUGCUGAUGCACCAGCGCACCCACACCGGCGAGCGCCCCUACACCUGUGCCCAGUGCGGCAAGGGCUUCACCCACUCCAGCAGCCUGCUGGUGCACCACCAGCGCACCCACACCGGCGAGCGCCCCUACACCUGUGCCCAGUGCGGCAAGGGCUUCACCCACUCCAGCAGCCUGCUGCUGCACCAGCGCACCCACACCGGCGAGCGCCCCUACACCUGCGCCCAGUGUGGCAAGGGCUUCACCCAGUCUUGACUCGGCUGCUGUCCCACCAGCGGGUUCACGCCGGCGAC